AAAAUUUGAUGUGAUUGUCUAAUGAAAAUGAAAAUGUUUUACUUCUUAAUUUCAACAUUUAUCAUUGACAUCGAUUACAAAAUUAUAAAACUAAAAUACCAAAAAAAUAUAUCAGCGCUAAUCAUUUGAUCAUUCAUAUUGUCGUGUGAUUUUAAAAAAUUAGGAAAUAAUCAUAGAAAAAAAAUAUUCUUUAUAUUAAGUUUAUUGAUUCUUUUUAUAAUUAUUGAUGUUUUUAGUGCACAUUAACAAUCAUGUAAAAAUUGAAUUUAACAAGAUAGAAAUAAUCUUGUAUGAUUUAUUUUAAAAAUCUUUUCAAAACAAAAUAUUUAAACUGGCUAUGUGAUAUAAUUUUCUUGUAUUUAGGCUAGUAUUAUUGUAUUUACAUGAUUUGAUGUUAUUUCAGUUAAUAAAGAAGAGAAAGAAAUUACUAUCUAUAUGGUAAGGUGGAAAAUUUUAUGUAACGGCUGGAUGUGGGCCAAUAAAAAAAGAUUAAAAAAGAUUGAUUUGAAAACUCAAUAGGUUUUAUGACCAUGCUCUUUGAAUGCAUUUAUCUCAUUUCCUGUUUCCAUUCUAGUUCAAACAUGCAACUGUAGUUAGGGACAUCUUAUUAAUAUUUAACCUGUUUGUCCAUACCUUUUGAAUUUUUAACUUGUUUUUCCUGAAGGCAUUCUACUUUGUUGUUUCUUCAGAAGUGAAAAGAAGUCUUUCUCCUUGUACAUUGAAAUAAACCUUUUUAAGAUAUGGAAGAAGAUAAUUAUGAACGCAAUAUUACUAACAGUACUAUUUAUAUAUAUACAAGUUCAAUUUACAAUCUUACUCAGGAAGAUAGUAAUUGGAUAGUUACCAGUUCUUUUAUCAUUUUCACUAUGCAAACAGGUUUUGGUAUGUUAGAAUCAGGAUGUGUUUCUCUAAAAAAUGAAGUCAAUAUAAUGAUGAAAAAUGUGGUAGACAUAGUUCUUGGUGGAUUAACUUAUUGGAUAUUUGGAUUUGGCAUGAGUUUUGGUGUAAAUAAACCCACUAAUUUUUUUAUUGGUAGUGGAGGUUUAUUGAUUGAUCCACCUGUAGGUAGUGAACUUAUGGGUCCUAUUUGUGCUGCAUUUUUAUUUCAAUUAAGCUUUGCUACGACAUCUACAACUAUUGUUAGUGGUGCAAUGGCUGAAAGAUGUAAUUUUAAAGCUUAUUGCCUUUUCUCAUUUUUAAAUACAAUCGUAUAUUGUAUACCAGCAGGGUGGGUAUGGGGUGAUCAUGGAUUUCUAAAAUCUUUGGGUGUAGUUGAUAUAGCUGGAUCAGGGCCAGUACAUCUCGUUGGUGGAGUUUCAGCUCUUGCAUGUGCCAUAAUGCUUGGACCAAGAUUAGGCAGAUAUGACUCUGGAAUAGAACCGUUACCUUUGGGCUGUCCUGUAAAUGCUAUAAUGGGGUUGUUUGUACUAUGGUGGGGAUGGCUAGCAUUUAAUAGUGGUAGUACAUAUGGUGUAAGCGGUCAACGUUGGCAAUAUGCCGCAAGAGCAGCUGUUUCUACAAUGAUGGGAAGUAUAGGUGGUGGUUUAGUUGGCCUUGGAUUUAGUUUGACUAAUCCAAAUGGGAUUGAUAUCUUGAGUCAAAUAAAUGGAAUUCUUGGUGCAUUGGUUGCCAUUACAGGUGGAUGUUUUUUGUAUUGUGCUUGGGAAUCGAUAAUAAUAGGGAUGAUAGGUGGAUUUAUUACUUGUUUUAUAAUGCCAAUGUUAGAUAAAAUACAUAUUGAUGAUCCUGUUGGAGCAUCUGCUACACACGGAGCAAGUGGAAUAUGGGGUGUCAUAGCUAUUGGUUUGUUUGCUGAUAAUCCAUAUCCUCUAGACACUACAAGUGGUAGAAGUGGUUUAUUCAAGGGUGGAGGUUGGUAUUUGUUAGGUGUACAAAGUUUAUCUGUAUUAUGUUUGGCUAGUUGGAGUUUUAUUUCUUCCAUAAUAUUACUAUGGUUAAUUGAUAAAAUCUUACCAAUAAGAAUGAAAGAGGAUGAAGAAUUACUUGGUGCUGAUUUAGUAGAACACAGAAUACGACACGUACAGAUUGGAGUGAGCAGAGCAAUGUCUGCUUUUGAUUCUUCUACAUUAGUUGAUACUUUAAAUAAGGUGCACCCUGUGGGAAUAAAUCCAGGUCAUGAUUUAUACAUCUCAAAAAACAAACGUAAGAGAUAUGGAAAUUUGAUAAAUAUUAAUAAUUUACGUAUAAAAAAAAAAUCUUCGAUUUCUUCACCAGUACAUGCAAUAACAAACUCUGCGACAUCUAUAAAAAAUAUACCACACUUGGCAUGGAUUGAUUAAAAAACAAUUAAAAUAGAUCUUUCUCGUGUUAAUAUAAAUUUAUUAAAAAUGUAUAAACAUUUUUUAUGUGUAUCUCAUACAUGCUUCAAGGCAACAUAUACAACCAAUACACAUUCUGUAAUAAAUAUUCAAAUUUUUUCACA